ACCGGUGCAGCAUGCGGUGCGAAUACCUGAUUUCCAGCAGUGGAACGGAACACCUCAAAUCCAGAUGUUCAUCAGCCAAAAUACGGCCAACGUCUGAGUCUGUUAAACAAAUAUCGCUUUCUAUCUGGAAUUUAGCAAUCGACCACGCAGCCGUGUACCCCAUGCCCUUCCGACCGGAUGCCCUCAUCGCGUACCUCAUCGCCCAUCGCCCGCCGUACCUCGUUUAUACGACCCGUAAUUCAUGCCGGCUGCCCUCGCCACGAGUCACCUACAACCUCGCUAGGGCUCUCGUACAUCUUCGCUGUGAUUUACAAGCAUACUCAACGCGCAAUAUAUCUUGCCUGCCCCAUGACACCCAUUCACCGUCCUCCGCCCGUGCGUCAGCUGAGCGUCUUAACCGAGCACUUCCCCGCAAGGCGCACACAGGUGCCGUGAUAUACAGCCUCCGGUCCCAAAUGAGCACUGCGGAGCAGGUAAGUGCAUUAUCACGGGGCAUAUAUAAGAGGCGCCGGCGGGAGGCCUGAGCUUCAUUGCCUGGUACCGUUGCUUCCACCUUAAUCGGCGCGCACUUCGACUCCACCACUCGGCUUGCAGAGCUCGCCCACCACCCUCGCCACAAUGUCCAGCCCACGCUCGCCCCUCUCAGACAAGUUCGACCCCUUCGCCGUGCACCCCUUCACGCGCUACGCAUCUCCGCGUCCGCGAUCCGACACCAGCGACAGCGCGUCCCUACCUAGCGCAUACCCCUUCACGUCGUCGUACGCCAGCUCGGGUCAGCCGCCGCGCACACCACCGAAGCCGCCGACGUCGAGGCAGGCGUCUGGGAAGUGAACGGGGUGUUCGUCGGCGCGGGCGGGAUGCCCUG